GCAUAAUGUGUUGUUAUUCAUGUCACUCUGACCAAAAGUUGCUGCAUGUUUGUAAAUUAUGGUGACGAUUUAUGCAACCACGUACGCAAAAUUCGGUAUUUCUAUUUUUAAAUAAUUUCUGUUGCCCCUCUACACACACUUAAGCAAUUUAGUACAAUUGGAGGCAUAAUUUCAUUAAUACACACAGUGCUUGUCUAUCUGUACGCAAUGGCAAGUCAAACCCAAGGAAUCCAACAACUGCUCACCGCGGAAAAAAGGGCGGCAGAAAAAGUCGCUGAAGCCAGAAAAAGGAAGGCGCGCAGAAUUAAGCAGGCGAGAGAGGAAGCCCAAGCGGAAAUUGAAAAUUACAGACGGGAACGAGAGAGGCAAUUUAGAGAAUACGAGGCCAAGUACAUGGGGUCUCGUGAAGACGUUGCCGCUAAAAUUGACAAAAACACCGAGCAGAUGCUGAUUGACGUGGAGGACGACGUUAAAGCUAACAAGGAAAAGGUUUUGGCUGACUUGCUGUAUUUGGUUCUCAACGUGAAGCCCGAAGUCCAUCCGAAUUACAAGAUCAUGAGAGUCUUCGGAAAAAUAUAACCGUUUGACUUUGUUUUCACAUUGAAUUUGUUGCACAAUAUUGUUUGACACUGCUCUUUUCUUAUCGCAUAUUAUUAUGAUUAAUAAAAAUACAUAAUCCGAUUUAAA